AUGUCGACUUCAAAGACGGUUGUGUUGAGAACUUCAGAUGGUGAGACCUUCGAGGUGGAAGAGGUGGUGGCGUUGGAGUCGCAGACCAUCAAACACAUGAUUGAAGACGAUUGUGCCGAUUCCGUCAUUCCUCUACCAAACGUAAAUAGUAAAAUCUUAUCCAUGAUCAUCGAGUAUUGCAAGAAGCACAUCGAGACCCCCAAGUCCGAAGACAAGAUUUCCGACGAUGCUUUCAAAACCUUUGACGCCAACUUUAUCAAAGCCGUUGACCAGGCCACCCUCUUCGACCUCAUCUUGGGUGCAGACUAUUUAGACAUCAAGAGCUUGUUAGAUCUGACUUCCCAAACUGUGGCGGAUAUGAUUAAAGACAUGACUUUAGUGGAAGUUCGUAAGACUUUUAACAUUAAGAAUGACUAUACUUCGGAAGAAGAAGAAGAGCUCCGCAAAGAGAAUACAUGGGCGUUUAAGUGAAACAGAAUCAGCUAUGGAUUACACUUAGAUUUUUUUUUUUGAUUUUUUUUUUGAUUUUUUUUUUUGUUGUCAAUAUCCAUAAUAGGAUUGCUAUAUAUAUAUAUAUAUAUAUAUAUAUUACUACAAGUUAUUUUAUUUUAUUUUAUUUUAUUUUGCUUUGUGAAAACUUUCAACUUCCUUUCCAACAAAUAUGAAUCUUUGCCAUGCUAAAAUUGCUAAAAUCUAUUAAAUAGG